AUGUACGUGCCUUUGUCUAUAGGAAGCCUCUUUUCUGAUCUCCGUCACCCACAGCUUAUCCUCCUGCCACCUAGGGCCCCUUCCGAAUUCCACGCACCCAUGGCUCCCACUGUGGCGACCCUCGACUUUGAGCAUAGUCAAUCGCCCCGACCUCUCAAACGAGCUCGAAAGUCUAGUACGGUCGCUCACAACCCGUCUACGGAACCCGAGGAGCACCAUUUUAUCAACAAUGCGCCCCUUGAUCACAUUUUCAUCGCUGACGGGAUAGCCUCCAAGAAAGCUGGCGGUAAAAAGGCGCCUUUAUCAUGCUGCGAAUGCCGUCGUGCGACCGUAGCUUCCCUUGUGCUUCAUGCAAGAAAAGAGGAUGCGCAGAAAUUUGCCCGGAUGGUUCGCUGUUAUGUCCCAUUAAAUUAUUACGAUAUUGAUUGCGUUUUAGGUGUGCUUGUCUCAGGGAAAGGGACACGAUUUAUCUUGGCCAACACUGAGCAGCUGCAUAGCAAAAUACAGGAAAUGAGUGACCGAAUUCGUAGUUUAGAGGAUGGCCUGCAGGCUUUGCACAGCGAGCGCUCACCCGAGCCAGAUCAGCCUCACCCUCUACUGCUGCCUGAACUGCUGGGGAUCAAGAGCACGAUGGGGUUGUACAGCGGCACGCAAGCGCAUUCCUCUUCGGAUCCUGCGGCACAGGCUAACUCCAACAGUGGCAAGUCACCACGACACAUGGAGGUAGAUCGACGUCCUAUGGAACGGGGAUCCAGCGAGGACACGAUCACUGCUCCAGAUCACUUACAUGCACCCCAACAUCAGACCGUGAAGGAGGAUCACUCUGAGGCAUACUAUGCUGCUGAGAUUGCACGUCUCAGUCACAACUUCCCUCUAUCGGACACGAUUUCUCCAGAACCGAACCUCGGACUCAGGGAAUUUAUUCGUUCAAACCUUCCUCCGCGCGAAGAAGCCGAUCAUCUCUGGGAACAAGCUCGUCAAAAUGCUCUCUGGCAAUACAACCCUCAUCCGAGCUCGACAUUCUAUCCAAAUCUAGCAUACCACUGUUACAGUUCGCCAACAGAAAACUUGUCUCCUCGUAGACUUUCACUGCUGCUCAUGAUAUUGGCUGUUGGUUGUUUGGUUGACAUUCCAAAUCGCGAGCCAGAUCACCCUGAUGCUGAGAAGUACCAUCAGCUCGCUCGUGCGAGCCUCUGCGAGAUCCCUGUUAUGGAAGAAACAAACGUAGAGACAAUAACGGCUCUUUUCUACGAAAUAUGGUAUCUCUUGGUGUUCUCCGACAAAAAGAAGGCUGCAGGCUAUGCAUGGGGUCUGAUGGGCCUCACCGCCAAGUUGGCCCAGAGUAUUGGACUACAUCGAGGAAGUGGGAAGUCCAAGGUUAUUCCGGAAGAGGUCGAAAUACGCAGGUCUCUAUUCUGGGAACUGCUUUAUCUUGACGCGCGUCUGUCUUUGUCAUUAGGUCGACCUCCUUCUCUGACAUUCAGCCACACCGACUGUCCUCCACCGUCCUACACCCCAGAUGAUGAUUGCAACCCAACAGAGAGUCUUCAUUACUAUCAACAAUGGAAGCAUUCUUGUUACUCUAACUGCCUAGAGCCAGUAUUGGAUGCGAUAUCGAAGCCAUCUCAGGCUUUGAACUAUGAUACUGUGCUAGACCUUGAUAAACGGAUUCGUGACUUCUCAAUCCCUCCCCUUUUGCGAAACAAAGAUAUCCUUUCAAGGUCCAUUGUCAUGCAAAGAGCGUCUCUCUCCACUGCGCUAGAAGCUGUCCUCCUACAGCUUCACCGCCAGUUCUUUACCCGAGCACUCAGCGGGCCAGAAGUGGCAUUUAAUAGAAGGCAUCAGUAUGCACCAUCAGUGGUGGCGGUCUUCCUCAGUGCCUCGCGCAUGAUAGCAAAUGUACACGACCUCUACACCCGUGAGCCACUCUUGACUGCCCGAAUCCUUGGCUACUGGUCCAACGCUUUUUCCGCCGCUGUCGCUUUGUGUCUACUGGUGUCCCGCGCGCCAUUUACAUGUCUAUCUCCAGCUGCAUUGCAAGAACUCGAAAGAGCUCGAAUUCUAUUCCGCGCGGCCAAGGAUACAUGUCCGCGGGCCUUGCAGGUGUUGCCGAUGCUGGAAAAGAUGAUUGACAAAGCACGGUACAUCUUUGAUCAGUGGUCCACUGGUCAAGAGCUGCCCACGAUUGUGCUUAGGCAUAUCACGGACGAUACCACGGACCACCCAGACUCUGCCAAUGGCAUGCAAAAUCACAACGGCACCAUCGAACUGUCACAUGCGAAUAAAUACGCUCGCCCGAAUCAAUAUGCUCCGGCGACAGUAUCACAACCGCAGUCCGAUUCCUUCGUGAAAUCACAUCAAAGUCUAACGCAAUGCAUCGUCGAGGUACACCAGCGUGCAAAAGCAUUAUUCCCACUCAGAAAGCCAUGCCAAUGCUCUGUCAAUACCCAAAGUUGUCCUCCCUCGCACUCGUGGAGUCCUGUUCCCAACAUUGGCUCGCAGACAUCGCCGGUUCUCCCGCCCGAGACUGUACCUAUUACUGUAAAUACCCCUAGGCUAUCUCCCGCGCCUGGUCCCUUCUCUGCCAGUUUAACAUCCAAGCUUGAUAUGAGCCCGCCGGGAUUCCCAGCACAGAGGCAACCAAUCUCCCGCCACCAUGUACACUAUCCGCCACAAGGUACUGGAGAAGGGCUUUACUCGAGCACUGUUCUUCCAUCUGGCGGCCCAUCCAUCCCCCCGAUACCCAUGACUUUAUCCCCUACGUCCAAAAUGGCGGUCGUAGACACUUUGAACUUUGAACUAGGGGCACUCCAAUCAUCGAGCGACCAAAAUUGGAUGGCCUUCUUCUGA